CAAAAAUGCACUUUGUCGGUCAUCAUAUUACUGUUGCUAUACUCCCUUAAUUACGAAGGAACAGCUUUAAUAUACACCUUUUGUGUCUCAAAUCAAAUCACAUUUUGUCAUACUCCCUGGUCGAAAUCAUGUGUAGUUCCCAAGUCAUUGGCACACCAAAUUGAUUGAUUGUGACCGGAUGGCGUGGGAAGGAGCAUCAAAAUGCUUCUCUUUGGUUUUUGCUCUUCUGGUUUUCGUGCACUAGACGAAGUGAGAGGUCUUCUAAGAAGAUGUCUUAAGCCAUGCCUUCAGCUAUCCAACAAAUGGAUACGCUGCAGUUGGAAUCUGAAGAGGAUCUCUCGGAGUCGUCUGCAUCUGUCGAAGAGUCGAAACUGCACGCUUCGGGCAUGGAUUUCGAUGGUGAAGAUAGCAGUAAACCGGGAGAUGGUUUCGUCGCUCUCAACGUCGAAGAACUCAUCGUUAAUGCAGCUGAUCGGUGGGAGCCUUCUUCUGCGAGCCCGCGAUCGCUUGUAACGGAGGUGAAGAAGAAUCUAUCAAGAAAUGGAUCAGAGGCGGGCGGUGGCGGAGGAAGACAAUCCGUCGCGUUGUCAUCCGUAGGUGGGCCCACAGGGAGGGACGAACAUCCAAGAACGGUACACGUGGCGAUCGCGGCGGCGGGAGGGCGGUGCAGGAGAGCAGGCGGCCGACUGCGGCCGUCGCGGUGGUGCAAUCCGAGACGAGUCCUGUUCGUCUUCGCCUCCUUGUCCUGCAUGGGAACACUGAUACUAGUCUAUUUCACCAUGGCUAUGGGCAGGAUGACCACCACCGCUUCUGGUGAUCCUAACUGAUGCGAAGAAGGCAGCUGAGUCCCUCAUAUCCCACUUGUUUGUGCCAAGAAACAAAUGAAUAGAAAACAGAGAAAGGAGUUUGAAACUGGUAGGAUGAUACGUAGAGAGACACGAGAGAGAGAGAGAGAGAGAUGUGCGGUGUGCAUAGUGCAUAAAAUUUGAUGCAUAUCUAAUUAUUUGGAGAUGAAGCUCCAAUGCCUUCUGCCCGGAUCAUCAUCGCCCAAAGGUCGGCGGCCCCUAUUCGUCUCUGCAAGCUCUGCUUCUCCCUAAAGUAAAUGAGAUGAAGAGAAUCGUUGACACGAAUGAUUUAAAGAUUAAAUCUUUGCUAUCGAGAUAAUUGAAAUAACAAAUCUUGCAUCUAAAUAAUGAAGAAAGAUCGGAUUUUUAUACCAUUCUUGGGGCUCUGUCGAUCUCGGUGAUCUCCAUGCCAGCGACGAUCAUACCGGGCACGACCUCCCUGAUGAGGCGGACGCUAUUAUCCUCCGCCGCGUUCAUGUUGAGGCGGCCUUCCUCGACGAUCCGGUCCUCGGCGGCGACCGUGUUGAAGAACUCGACGUUGGGGCGGGCGAAGCAGCGGCUGGUGACGGUGGAACGAGAGCGUGGCGUACCACGACGCAGUUAUCGGCCUCGUCAUUCGGUACACCGAGCUAGUCCAGGAAGAGGUUGGCGGGCUUGUGCCCAUGGCGGAGAAGAGCUGGUCGCCGAGAUACGUGGCGGCAGGUCAUCUAGCGUGACACAAUCGACUCAUGGACUCGAAAGGAAAGGAUGAAGAAGCAUUAGUUCAAGUCAAAUGAAACACCAUGAACAAUUCAUAUGCAUACACCCAAACCGCUUGAAAGCUCGAUGUUUUCAGUAGCUGCAGUCAUGUUCACAAUGCACUGACAACAAGAAGAUAGAUGGUAAGAACACAGACAUACUUCAACAUCAUCACUCAAACACUAAUAAGUAAAACAUCAGACUCAAGUUUGCAACAACAGUAUCCAAACAUAAUCUGCUCUUAACACAAAUAGGUUUAUAGAGAUGAGCCAUCCAGGGAUGGGAUCUCCUAUAGUUACAGCAAAGUCUUAAAGCACGAAACAAGAAACAAGCUAUAUGAUGGGUAUGUCGUGAUGGAAAGCUGUUGAGCACACAGUAUGUAGCUACUUACAAACCAUCAAUUUUAAUGUGUUCUUUCUUCACAAUCCAAACAUAAUAUGCUCUUAAGACAAAUAGGUUUAUA